UGACUUCAUGCAGCAAAAGUGAAAGUAAAGACAGACUGGGAAACAGUUAGGGCGGAAAGUUAAAGACAGAAAGGAGAAGAACUGUCUAAAAUAUGACUGAGGAAUAGAAACUGUCUGUGACCCUGAGCCACACAGGACAAUCAGGUGAGCUGAUGGAGUCCAUCAUAAGUGGAGACUAUGAGGCUUAUGUAUGAUUGAAGUUGGUCUGUGUGCAGGACAUAAAGAAGUCAGGACAUGGCUUGUACAUCACAGUCUGCUGUAGAUUACAUCCAGCAGGCCAGAGUCCAUCUUGUAAGAGAAUUAAGGAGCCUCUCUGUGAUUAUAGAGAACUUGUAUCAGCAAGAAGUUCUCAGUGAUGAAGAGGUCAGUAAAAUCCAGGCAGAGACUGAUGACUACGAUAAAACCAGAAAAAUACUGGACUCAGUCAUUAAAAAAGGGGAACAGGCCUGUUAUGUGUUACUCAGGAUUAUUGACAUGACGAGGAAGAGGACGUUAGGGAGGUCGUCCCUCUUCCCUGAGAAAAAGAGUGAAGCUUCUACUGGGACCAAGAAGUUUGACCUGCACCACUGGAUCAGCUGCUUUUCUUUCAAGGAAGACACACACAUGGAUGUUAACUAUUUACAAGGUCCGAGGCCGUGCCACAGAUAUCAGAGAAAGCUGAAGUCAAAAGCACAAAAAAUAUCAAAUAAGUUUUGGAUGGCAAACAAAAAUCUGUUUGAAGAGAGAAACAGGCCUGAUCUGUCAUACACACCACUUGUAUUAGAGGAACAAGGAAACGUUUCUCCUUCUAAAAUAAAGAAAUUGAAGAGCAAGAAAAGCAAGAUGAGUCGUCCUAAAAAGCUGAGGACGUACAUCCCAGAAGACAAACCAGAGAUUUCCCCCAGUGACCUGCUGAAAACAGAUAAAGACUGUGUCUUGGUUGGGAAGCCUGGGAUUGGAAAGACAGCACUGACCCAUGAAAUGUUGAAACUCUGGGCAGAAAGAGACGGUGAGGAGCUGGAUUACAUGUUUUACUUUGACAUGAGAGAAACAUCUGACUUGAUGAAGGCCACGAGCCUGGAGGAUCUUCUUUUCAGUGUGUUCAGUGAACCAGAUGAAGGUAAAGAAGAGGUCUUAGAUGAUAUAAAGAAGAACUCAGACAACGUUACAAUAAUUUUUGAUGGAAUCACAGAUCUCUCUUCAUCUGUGGUGAAGAGACUUGUAGAUAAAGACCUGCUACCUGACGCAAAAAUCAUCAUAACGUGUCGACCAGAUGAUGAAGAAGACUUCUUUUCUAGAGACUUUCGCAGAGUGGAGGUGAAAGGCUUCAGUGAGCGGUCCAUAAAAACAUAUUUAUCUGUGACUCUCGGCGAAGAACAGAAGAAAGUUUUAAACAACUUGGAGUUGUUGACUCUUUGCCACGUCCCGAUGUACGCACUGAUGGUGUCUGUCUGCUUCUCAUCAGAAAUCUCUCCACAGCCGUGCACUACAACUGAAAUAUACAUUAAUAUUGUUCGUCUCUGUCUUAAGAUGAACAGCAAUAAAAAAAAAACCAAAUGUCUAAAUUUCUACAUCAACAACAAGAGGGAGCAAAUUCUGUCUUUGGCUGAGGCUGCUUUUAAUGCAGCUGAAAGAAAAACUGUGAUCUUGACAGACCUGUCCUGUGAAGACAGCUGUGUCCUUUCCUUCCUGAAACCUCUGUUUAUCAAAGUUGCCCACACUGAGACAAUCACCGCAUAUUCAUUUCUCCAUUACACAAUGCAGGAGUUCUUUGCAGCACUGUGGCUCCUGAAGAAUCCAGAUAAAGUUCAGGAUGUUUUUCAGCAAAGCCUGACUGAGGAGAUGAAACACAUGAGACAUCUGAUCCCUUUCAUGUGCAGACUGUUGAAUGAGAAGAACCCGAGUUUGAUGACGUGUCUGAUUCCAGCUGAGGAGCUCAGGAGUACAUCAGACGGGUUCUUUAAGGAGCUGAUCAACAAGGACAGAGGGUCUGAUGUGGACAUACUGUUCUUAUGUCAGUGCUUGUAUGAGUCCCAGUGUCCUGAAGCCUGCAGCGACCUUCUGAACACACUGGACUACAGUCUGGAUCUCAGUGAACAGAGUCUGGAUCCUUACUCCUGCUGUGCUGUGGCCUACGUGGUCUCUCAGUCCAAGGAGAGGAAAAUCCAUCUGGACCUUGAAAAUGUCGUGAUAUCAGAACAAGGAAUGAGGCGACUGAUUGGCUGCCUUCAAUGUGUCCAAUGGUGUGACCCUCUGCCACGGCAGCUGUGGAAGAUUUUCCUUCUCAGUGAAGAGCAGAUGGACCACAGCAGCUUACUGGGCGUUGAUGGGAAUCAGCUGCACCUUCCAGUUGAGGGUAAAAAGCAGCUGUUUGAAGGAGCAGUGAAGGUCAUGCAGAAGGUCACUACCAAGGUUAAUGUGUGCCUCUACUGGGACAGGCCGACUCCUGUCUGUCAACACCUCUGUGAGUCUCUAUUCGAGGGUUUGCUGCACAUCAGUUCACUCAGCUUCAGGGUGACCCACAGAGAUCCAGGAUCAGAGGACCAGGAGCGACACCACGAGACACUGAGGAGGGAAGAAAAGAGACUGUUACUGGAACUGUGCCUGAAGGCAGCACUUCACAAAGAAGAAAGCUUUCACAGUGUAGUGAACAGGCUCUUCUCAUUGUUCUCUGUCAACACUGACUUAAUCAACAUCCUUCUGGAUUUUUAUCACCAUGUCAAGAGUGAGGGCUGUUCAAGUGUCAUUCCAAAACUGAGGUCAGUUUUCCAGUCAGCUCCUUCAGUCUGGAUCAUAGACCUCUCAGAGAGAAAGACCUCCAUCCUCCUGGAAGUGUUGAAACUCCAACCAGAGAAGAAACGAGUGGAGCUGACAGGCUGGUCAGAUGAAGAGAGUGAAGUGAGGAGUCUCCUACAGUGUCUGCCUUAUAUCUCACAGCUCAGUUUCGUGCCUCAGUCUUCAGAUCCUUCAGAUGGACCCAGGUUCUUUGGGAAUCUGCUCUGUGCAGCAGCAGAGAGAGAACAGCAGACAGGAGAGAAGAUACUGGAGCUGUUAUCAUCAGUCUGCACAUAUCAAACAUUCCUUCUGAAACAGAAAUGGUGUGAUUUCCUGUUGGAUGUUUGCUCCCAUGUGAAGGACUAUGAGACUAAAACAGGUCUGAGAGUCCUUCCAUCAUUACAGUCAGUUUUCCGGUCAGCUUCUUCAGUCUGGAUCAUAGACCUCUCAGAGAGAAAGACCUCCAUCCUCCUGGAAGUGUUGAAACUCCAACCAGAGAAGAAACAAGUGGAGCUGACAGGCUGGUCAGAUGAAGAGAGUGAAGUGAGGAGUCUCCUACAGUGUCUGCCUUAUAUCUCACAGCUCAGUUUCGUGCCUCAGUCUUCAGAUCCUUCAGAUGGACCCAGGUUCUUUGGGAAUCUGCUCUGUGCAGCAGCAGAGAGAGAACAGCAGACAGGAGAGAAGAUACUGGAGAUGUUAUCAUCAGUCUGCACAUAUCAAACAUUCCCUUUUAAUGACAGAGACAUGGAUGAUUAUGAUCCACAAUAUCAGUGUGAUUUCCUUCUGGAUGUUUGCUCCCAUGUGAAGGACUAUGAGACUAAAACAGGUCUGAGAGUCCUUCCAUCAUUACAGUCAGUUUUCCAGUCAGCUCCUUCAGUCUGGAUCAUAGACCUCUCAGAGAGAAAGACCUCCAUCCUCCUGGAAGUGUUGAAACUCCAACCAGAGAAGAAACGAGUGGAGCUGACAGGCUGGUCAGAUGAAGAGAGUGAAGUGAGGAGUCUCCUACAGUGUCUGCCUUAUAUCUCACAGCUCAGUUUCGUGCCUCAGUCUUCAGAUCCUUCAGAUGGACCCAGGUUCUUUGGGAAUCUGCUCUGUGCAGCAGCAGAGAGAGAACAGCAGACAGGAGAGAAGAUACUGGAGAUGUUAUCAUCAGUCUGCACAUAUCAAACAUUCCCUUUUAAUGACAGAGACAUGGAUGAUUAUGAUCCACAAUAUCAGUGUGAUUUCCUUCUGGAUGUUUGCUCCCAUGUGAAGGACUAUGAGACUAAAACAGGUCUGAGAGUCCUUCCAUCAUUACAGUCAGUUUUCCAGUCAGCUCCUUCAGUCUGGAUCAUAGACCUCUCAGAGAGAAAGACCUCCAUCCUCCUGGAAGUGUUGAAACUCCAACCAGAGAAGAAACGAGUGGAGCUGACAGGCUGGUCAGAUGAAGAGAGUGAAGUGAGGAGUCUCCUACAGUGUCUGCCUUAUAUCUCACAGCUCAGUUUCUCUCCCCUGUUUAAAGUCUCGAAUCAAACCAGGCUCUUUGGGAAUCUGCUCUGUGCAGCAGCAGAGAGAGAACAGCAGACAGGAGAGAAGAUACUGGAGCUGUUAUCAUCAGUCUGCACAUAUCAAACAUUCCCUCUGAAUAACAGAUACAUGGAUGAUGAUGAUCCACAAUAUCAGUGUGAUUUCCUUCUGGAUCUUUUCUCCCAUGUGAAGGACUAUGAGACUAAAACAGGUCUGAGAGUCCUUCCAGUGUUCCAGUCAGUUUUCCAGUCAGCUCCUUCAGUCUGGAUCAUAGACCUCUCAGAGAGAAAGACCUCCAUCCUCCUGGAAGUGUUGAAACUCCAACCAGAGAAGAAACGAGUAGAGCUGAGAGGCUGGUCAGAUGAAGAGAGUGAAGUGAGGAGUCUCCUACAGUGUCUGCCUUAUAUCUCACAGCUCAGCUGUGAUCCAGAUUUCUUCCAGAGAGUGUGUACGUCCAUCUCUGUAAAGUCCAGACAGGAGGUCCAGCAGUUGGUCUCUCUGCUGAAGCUCCUGGACUUCACUCUGCAGUUAACAGGAGAGUUAAACAGGAAAACCUGUCGGACUGUGGGGAGAGUUCUUGGACUGUGUUCCUCUAAUGUGGAUCUGAUCCUCACACCCAGAAAGGUGUCUGUCAGAGGAGCCUCCCUCCUCUUUAGACCUUCAACACAACUGCACAGUCUGAGGCUGUCCAGCCACAUGGUCUUGCUGCUGUUUCACUGGGUCAGAAGAGGGAGGUUGUUCUGUCCGUUGGCUGUAGACGAGCUUUCUCUUGCCCCUGACAGAGCUCAGCUCUCAGACAGAGAACUGUUGAAGGUCGUCAGUGGUUUGGCGUCUCUGCUCAGAUACUGUGCAGUCAGACGUUUAGACCUGACUGAGUCCUGUUUCCCUGCUCAGUGUCUCAUUACUCUGCUGCUUCACCAUGGUUCUCUAACAAUCAGACUGAGUGAAGAGAGUUUCCAGCAGCUGCUGACCCUCCUCCAUGAGAUCCAGGACCAGGACCUGACGUUGUUCUUCUUGUCUAAGGUUGGUGGAGACCUGAACUGCUGCUGUGUGAACUGGGAGCUUCUUCACUAUCUGCUGCAGCAGCCGUCAGCUCAGACCAUCACUGUGAACCUGAGGAAGAACCACUUCUUACAGGAGAACGUCACACGUCUGCUUCCCUUUCUGGACAGGAUUUUAUUGAAAAGGUCCAGUCCCAGCUUUGUGUUGGCCGCUAUCAGAGAGAUCUAUAAAGCUCAGACCAGUCAGAUUAUACCCAGUUUACAGAGGUCAUUGGGUCAUGUGAUCAACCUGACCUGCAGAGAGCUGGACUCAGAGGACUGUGCUGCUCUGCUCUUCACCCUCAGACAUAGUGACAGAGUUAAACUGAACCUGACGUGGACCUCCAUACCCACAGAGGAAACACAGUCCAUCCUCUGUUCUCUGGACAGAGUUUCUCAGCUCAGUGUCGACAGGAAUCUGCUGCUGAGGUUCAUCCACUGCUGCGCUGCCUCUGACGUCCUGCAGGAGGCAGCAUCAGAUCUGUUCAGGACUCUCCAGCACAGGUUGGAUCUGUCCUGCUCCUCCUGUGUGCAGCUGGAGGAUCAGACUCAGACUCUGGGUCUGACCGGUGACGACUGCAGGGCCGUCUCCACCGUCCUGAGACACAGCACCCAGCUCUCACAGCUGGACCUGAGGGACUGUGAGGUGGAGGACAGCGGACUGGACCUGCUGUUUCCUGUCCUCCACAGAGUCCACCUCAGAGCCAGUAAAGCCGUUCUCCUCCAGCUGCUGUCUCUGGUUCCUGUGAACCCUGAGGGGGACUCAGUGAGACGGGCGGAGUCUCUGUGUGCAGCCCUGGGUGGAGAACUGGACCUCAGUCACACCACUCUGGAUCAGAGGGCCUGUGGAGCUUUGGCUCUGAUGCUGGACUUCUCUGAAGGACUGGAGGAGCUCGACCUCAGUCACUGUCAGCUCACCGACCAGCUGCUGCUCACACUCAUCACGCACCUGCACAAAGUCCACGUCCUGGAUUUGAGUCACAACAAGAUCACUGAUGUUUCCACUGACAAGUUACUGCAGCUGGUCUGCAUCAACCCUUCCACUGUCACUGUGAGACUCUUCGGUAACAACAUCGUGGACAGAACAACCUUCAAGAAACACACGCAGUUUGAAAUAUGGUGAACCGGUCGUCAGUGAGGUGGUAACGUGAUCGUCAGGGAAUCAGACCGAUCAUGAGACGAUGAUGUUACUGUAGAGCAGGUCUGAAGCUUCUGCUGAAGCAACGAUCAUGAUUAUUAUUUUGUUUUAUUGUGACAAAACAAACAGGCCUUAACUGUUCUCAGGGUUAUGAGCAGACCUCAUUUAUCUUUUACCUUUUUGUAUUUUAUGGUAACUAAUUUUUAACAUAAUGACAAAGUAAAGAUGUAGUAACGGCACAAUCAGGAGAAACACAGGUUCAGUAUGUCAGGGUGACAGGAUGAAAAUAAUCUUAUAUUUAGAUAAUCAAGAGGAAGUCAUUUUCUCUCUUCUAUUUAAAUGAUGAUUUUCAGAGUUUUUCCUCAUUAAAAUACCUAAUUUACUGUAAA